AUGGACGGGGCAAGAACGAUACUACCACCGUCCAACUGGAAUGCUAUUCUGCAAACGAUCCUUGCAAAAACGUCAGACCCGAGACAUGCUCAGGGCACGAUUCUCGCGCUAACGUCAGACGAUAUUCGUAGGCUUCUGCGAGAUAUGCUUAGAGUGCUAAACGAGGCGCACCGACAGCUAGGAAUAGAGCCUGCCACUCGGUUGUCCGCCGACGACGGCGAGCUCGAUGCCGCCACCGCCACGGCCAACAUGGAUGAGCCUUCGGACGAGGAGGAGGAGGACGACGACUACGGAGAGAACGACAUCAUCGUAGAAGAAGAUGCAGAAGGCGGGGUAGAAGGAAUGGUGGAUUAUGGCGACGCGUACCGUGAUGGCGGCUUCGGAGGUGUGCCGGCCUCCGCGGCGGCAAUGGCCGACCGGAUCAAGAAGCGUACGUACCACGACAUUGAAGGAGGAGACGAGGAGGGCGUCACUGGUCGGACGACGCUCGCAGCAGGGUGUAUGAUCUGCAUCGAGGACUUCGAGGCCGGCGACGAUCUCGGGGUGAUGCCGUGCUCGCACAGGUUCCACCAGAGCUGCCUCCUCGAGUGGCUGGGGCGCAGCCAUCUCUGCCCCUGCUGCCGCUACGCCCUGCCCAGCGAAGCCCAGGCUCCGCCGUAA